AAAUAUGGUGCUACAGAAGAAUGCUGACGAUUAGAUGGGUAAAUCACAUAACUAAUAAGGAGGUAUUGAACAGAAUUGGGGAGAAGAGGAGUUUGUGGCACAACUUGACUAGAAGAAGGGAUCAGUUGGUAGGACAUGUUAUGAGUCAUCAAGGGAUCACCAAUUUAGUACUGGAGGGCAGCAUGGAGGGUAAAAAUCGUAGAGGGAGACCAAGAGAUGACUACACUAAGUAGAUGCAGUAGGUACUGGGAGAUGAUGAAGCUUGCAUAGGAUAAAGUAGCAUGGAAAGUUGCAUCAAACCAGUCUCAGGACUGAAGACCACAACAACAACAUCAUGUGUAUCCUUUCAAAAAAAUGUCCUAAAAUAUUUGUGGUUGACCUGUAGUCAGAACUGUAAACAGGUAUGAGCUGGAAACAGUUAUUAAUCAUUUUUAGUAAUGCGUAUGGUGUAUUUUGCUGGUAAAUGUCUUUUCAGUGUAAGGAAUUACAAGAGAGAGACUGGGUGCACAAAAGUAGUGAUAUACACUUAUUCCAUUAGUUUAAAUUAAAAAUACAACUUCAGUGAACAAAAGAAAAGCUGCAAGCAGUAAUGAGAGAUAUUACUAAUAUUUUACAUAUAUGCUGGUAGACAUAGAUAUAAAAAUCAUGCUAAGAACAGUUCCAUAAAAAUGUUCAAUUAUAAAGAAGGAAAUUAUAUUUUUAAAACUCUUCCACCUUGCAUACAACUUUGUUAUCCCUGACUUCUUGAUCAGAAAAUGAAAUGAGUUCACUUAGAGGUGGAAGAUAUGAUUUUUUUCAUAGCGCUUUGUGUCAAGUUUAUAUAACCAUGCACUAUGACUUUGUAAUGACAGGACACCCUCCUUACAUAUGAAAUGGGAGAAGGCAGGCACAAACAACAUUUUAGCUACUGGGCCACAAAAGGAAUUCUGAUUCAGUAGGAGACAUGAAGUUAAUCUCAACAUCUUUAAAUUCAUGUGAUACCUGGGAAAUGUGUCUUAUGUACCGGUUUUCAUUGUAUUUGCAAGCCAUGUAUUGCCCGAUUUGCAGCUGUUCCAACAAAGCAUUUAAAGUGCUUCCAUAACAACAGUGCUCACAUUUGCAUUUGUUUAAAAUCUCUGCAUUAGAAAGGUAUUACUAGCAGUGACUAGAAAUUCACAGUGUGGAACUGGAAUAGUCCUUAUUGUAUUGUACUGAUCUUCCAAGAAGCCAUCACAUGCUUUGAUCUCCUGUGAAAAAACAAAAAAUAUAUUUCUUUUUUGUGGAGAAUUUCGUGUACAACAGUUUCAGAUUAACAAAAAUAAGUCUUUUUUGCCAGUGACUCUUCUUGUUAUUUAUCACGACAGUAACAUACCUUUUCCAUCCUUGCACAAAGUCUUGAACAAUUGUCAUUUUCAUAUAAUAUUACUACGUCUCAUUUCACUCGUCAAAGACACAAGGCUUCUGCCUUUCGGUGAGUUGUCUCCUUUAGUCCUAAAUAAUUCACAAUUAUAUAUAAAACAGAUUUUAACUGCUUCUGCUUUCUGGAAAAAUAAUUACAACACUACUGUGUUUAACUUUUCUUGCUACAUUUACCAUGUACUCUGGGACACCAGCAGUAGAUGCCACUCCAACAGUGCUCCGUGAAGAUGGAGCAAGCGAUAAAACUACAAUCUGUUCACAGCGGGUUGAAUUCUAUGUUUCUUAAUGAGGAGCUGUUUGCAACGGCAUUCCACAAAAUACAUGGCAUUACUAUGAUCUUUGUUUCUUCGCAAGAGAUCAGAUCGCAUGGAAGUUUAUUGGAAAACAGGUACAGUACAAUGAGGAGAGUUCCAGAAACACUAUAGCACCAUGUAUUCCUAGUCGUUACUACUAACACAGUUCUAAUGAAGAGUCUUAUUACACAGAUGAAACCAGGAGCACUGUUGCUAUGGGAGCACCUUAAAAUGUUUUGUUGGAACAGCUGCAAGUUGGGUAAUAUAUAGCUUGCAAAUAAUAUGAAAACUGGUACAUAAGACACAUUUUUCCAGGUAUCACAUGAAUUUAAAGUUGUUGAGGUUAACUGCAUGUCUCCUGCUGCAUCACAAUUCCUUUCAUGGUCUAAUAGGACAGAUGCUGUUUGUGUCCCCUUCUCCAAUGUUAAAUGUAAGGUGUAUGUCUCAUUGUUAUGAAGUUGCAGUGGAUGGUUGUAUAAACUUGACAAUAAGUGCCAUGAAAAAAUUAUAUCUCUCACCUUUAAGUAAACUCAUUUCAUUUUUGGAUAUAGAUGUCAAAGAAAACAAAGUUACAUGCAAAGUGGAAGAGUUUUAUAGUUUUAUUUUCUUGAUCUAGUAAACAGCCAUAGUCCCCCAGACAGGUGUUUUAUUUUCUUACAAUAGUGAACGGCCGUAGUCUCACAGACCUCCAGUCAAAAGGCUGGACAUACAAUAGCAGAAUAAGGGUAUGUUGUCACAUUUGUGCACCCAAUCUGUCUCUUGUAUUAUUAAGAAGAAUGGUUGUAACUAUUUUCAGAUCAUACCUGUAUACAGUUCUGACCUACGGGUCAACCAAAGCUGUUUUAGUAACAAUUUUUCAACGAAUACGCAUGGCUUUUAUAUACCAAUUCCCUGUAGUGAUUAAUGUGAAUGGUAUGUGUAAGUAGCUUUAUUAUUUUAUUCUUUACAAAUAAAUAGAGUGAGUUCGGAUGUUAUUCCUUGCACCUAAGAUUGGUACCAGAUAUGUAAACACUUAAGUAAAAAAAUCAAGCUUUGGUUGUAGGAUGUGAGGUCCGCCAGUAUGCAAAAUUGCAACUGCCGGACCUUACGUCCUACAAUUUUAACUGCAAACAAGUGGAGCUGCAAAUCCAAAUGAAGAAAGUCAAGCUGAGAUUCAUCUGUCUAUGCAACCCACCCCUCCCCCUCCUUGGACUUUGAAGUUCGUACCAUUGACAUUUGUUUGUUAAUGAGUCACCUAUAAGGGCAGGUAGGAGAUACUAAUGCCAAAUGAUUCUCAAUGUUAUCUAUAUUUAAUACUACGACUAAAGAGUUACAGUACACAAACUGAGGCCUAUACCGUUUCCUUGGACAAAGUUAUGAUUUUUUUACAUCACAAAUUUAAAUCACAGCAUGAAAAAAAAAAUGUUUUCCGACAUUCUUCAUGAAAAAUCUGAAUGACAUAUAGUAAUUUUUAUACAGUAUAUCACCUAAGUAGUGCCGACAUACUAGAUGCUUACAACUAUGGGUCAACUCAUUACUUAGUAACAGUUCUCUGAAAAUCUGGUAAUUGGUGUCCGACUAACGACUGAGUACACACAUCUUUCAAACCUGAAUUUAUCAAAAAUGGUUGGUUAGGAUAAUGCUAUUUGACAGUUGAGACAUGUAGGUAUCCAUGCACCAAAUUGACGCAAAUUUGAGAUGGUCGCCUUUAUCAUCCGUAGUAAGAUUACACGGAAUGACAUACGUAUAUCGUCAAAACAUAACAUACCACCUGUGGUAUGCAGACGUGCAGCUGUUCUUAAUAAAAUCGUGACAAUAAAUGACCUGUUCUGAGAGAUGCGCAGUCAAAUUUGCAGUGUAUGUGAUAUCAUAUUGCGAGCGUACAUAAAAGCACCACAAUAAAUCGGAAGUAACUGUAUAAAAAUGUAGUUCACAUUGGAUUGAGAAGCAGGGACUCAUUCCCAUUUCUAUUUCAACGUACUGUGUACUGAAAUAAUUAAUUUUAUUAAUUUUUUUUCGUUCAUGGUAAGUCCAAGCAAAUGACACCAACUUUCUAUAAAAGUUCAUAUGGUAAAGAAAUCUGACAAUUUCUACUGCACCUCAUAGCGUUGUUUUGAAUGGCAAUUGCUGAAUAAACAAAGCAAUGAGAAGAUAAAUCGGAAACAAUUUUUUGAACAGCUUGCCAAACGCCCCAAAAACACUCGAGCUUACAGAUUAUAACGCCGAAUCACAUCGUUCUCACUCUAGAUUUGAAAUAGUUCAUUAUGUUAUUCGGCAGGAAUUACAUACAUUCAGUCAUAAACUCAUGUGAGCUAAAACAAUUGCAGUUCGAAAUUUAGUUUUCACAGGGAUUACUGGAAAUAAUUUAAAAACUUUGACCAGGAACUUUCUUUGUGACCGAACAGUUUUGGAUUAUUUGUAUGCGAGAGUGAAUUGUUUAGAUAUGUCAAUUAGGUACUCAGUGCUGGACUGCUGUUGGAUUGUGUAAAUGUUGUUGUUUGUUUCUAGUGAAAGUGAAAAAAAAUAGAUUUUUUUAUGAUGAAUCCUUGAAUUAAGGUGGCUCUGAGUGUUUUUCAGUUUUUUCUUUUAUUGCGCGCAAGUGGAUAGCUAUGGAUGAGUUUGUGAGAGAAGAAUCCACAAUCAUUUCGCUCUCGGAACACGAAAAUUACGAUGUUUGCCAAGAAAUCAGGGCUGGAAGAAAAGGAGGAGAAGACGGGAAAGAAGAUGAAAGCAAUAUAUGUCUAGCAAAGGACUGUGCAUCAUUAGGAAAUAAGAAAGACAUAAAUGGAACUGAAGAGAAUAGGUCAGGAUUAAGGGUAAACUCUGCUUCUGAAGCAAAUCCAAGUGAUAUGGAAGGGUGUAAUGGGAUGAAAGUUGUCGGGCAAGAAAACAAAUCUGACUGCUUUAAAAAACCUGUUUUGGUGGUAGGCCCACGAAGGGGUAGAGGUGUGGGGAAAGUGAAAAAUUUUCAUCCAAAUGAGUCUACAAAAUGCGCAAGUGCUUCUCCUGAUGAGAAUGAAGAGCAGCUCGAUUGUGCACCAGACUUGAAUGUUUCAGUCAAAGGAACGAUUGAUUCCGAGAGCACGAAACUUCUCUCUUUAGCAUCAGCCCAGAAGUUGAAAGAGAAGCCUGUACCACUCCCCUACAAAGAACCAACCUGGAGUGGUAUACCGGAAGCAGAUUAUGGCUUUGAAGUUCUAAAAGAUGGAAGGAUUAUAGAAAGAAUUGAACUAUCUUGCAAGCCAUUCUAUGUUAUUGGCCGCUUGUCGACAUGUGACAUACAAAUGGCUCACCCAACAAUAUCGCGAUAUCAUGCGAUUGUACAGUAUCGUAAGGACGGGGAUGAUCAGAACUCCGCCGGAUUUUACGUGUAUGAUUUGGGUAGCACACACGGCACUUUUCUAAACAAGUACAAAAUUAAACCAAAUAUUCACGUGAGGAUACAGGUUGGUCAUCUGCUGAAAUUUGGCAACAGUACUAGGAUGUUUAUUCUUCAGGGACCAGAUACGGAUCAAGAGCAAGAAUCAGAGUUAACUGUGACAGAACUGCGAGAAAAGCGGAGAAUGGAACAGGAGGAACGAGACAAAGAGGAAUAUAUGCGUGAAAUGGAGGAGAAAAAACGCAAGGAACGUGAGGAAGAAGAAGGCAUUGACUGGGGCAUGGGUGAGGAUGCAGAUGAAGAAACAGAUCUUUCUGAAAACCCUUAUGCUGCUGCACCAAAUGAAGAUCUGUAUAUUGAUGAUCCUAAGAAGACCUUACGUGGAUGGUUUGAAAGAGAAGGAUAUGACUUGGAGUACAAUGUGGAAGAGAAAGGGUUUGGGCAGUUCCUGUGCACAGUGGAGCUUCCAAUUGGGAACGGAAUAAUUGCUGAGGCUCUUGUGAAGGGUAAAAAGAAAGAGUCUGUGGUGCAGUGUGCUCUCGAAGCUUGUCGUGUUUUGGAUCGCUUCGGAAUGUUACGCCAAGCUACUCACGAGAGCAGAAAACGAAAAGCUAAGAAUUGGGAGGAAGACGAUUUCUACGACAGUGAUGAAGACACUUUCUUAGACAGAACAGGAGCCGUUGAAAAGAAAAGGCAACAGAGGAUGCAGGCAGCCGGUAAAGUGCAACAAGAAGCGGAGACUUAUGAUUCAUUGCUCAAGAAGUACAAUGAAGUUCAGCAACAGAUAAAAGAAAUGGAAAAACAGUACAUCAUAGCAGCGCAGAAACUUUCUCGUAAUAGUGGUGAUUCUGUGGAUAAUGAUGAUGAUGAUAAUGAAGAUGCUCUGGAUGCAUACAUGACACAGUUGUCAUGUGGUAUUGUUGAUAAAAAAGCUGUGUCCAAUUUGAAAAUUCGAUUACAGUCACUCAGGAGUGAAGGUGAUCACUUGCGGAAAUUGGUGAAUAUUGCAAAGCCAGCCAGCUUGCCCGAACUCGUCCCUAGUGAAGAGCUAUCAAAACUGCAGACUAGCAACAGAGCUGCAUUAGUUGCCGCAGUCAAAAGAAAAGUAAAGGAAGAACAGAUGAGCAAGAUGUCCCAUAAAAUAAUACCAGAUGUUGAUUCAAAGUUGGAAGGUGUAGAAGAACAGGAAGAGGAAGAGGAUGAAGAGGAAGAGCAAGAACAGAAAGAAGCAGACAAAGAAGAACAAAAUAAUCGAAAGAGAAAUCAAGAUACAGGUGGAAAUCAUGACCAAAGAACAGUAAAACAAUCUGAACAGGAGGCUGUGUCAUUAAAUAGUCGUGGGGAGAAAAGAGAACAGCUUCACACAGAAAAGAAACCAUGUACUCUAGAUGACAACAGUGUUAUUGGUAAUGUUGUUCGUCCAAAGAUAAUUGGUCCCUCGUUGCCACCCAGUGUGAACUUAAAUGAGGGAAAAGAAGUAGUUGUAAAUAAAAAUAAGAAGAGAUCGAGGCAGAAAGAGCCUAAGAAUGUGAAGGGAAAAAUGGCACAGAAAAUGGACUAUGAUUACGAUGAAUCCAACCCAGAUUAUUCAGUUUGGGUUCCCCCAGAAGGCCAGACAGGUGAUGGUCGUACAAAGCUCAAUGAAAAGUAUGGGUACUAGAUUGAUUCCUGCCAUGAGUGAAAAGUUAUCAAAACGUGCACAGUUUUCCUCCCAAUGUAUAUGCACUUCAAAGUACGCUGCGAUAGUGCAUGUGUUACCUGUUGACAUACCUUGUUUGUGAUUCUGGAGCAGUUCUUUUCCCUUUCACAGAUAGAUAAUAAUUUGACAGUCUUCCUUUACUUGUAAUGAAGAAAUAAAGCAAGGGAAAGGUAAACAGCACUUCUGAGUGAGAUGAAUUUAUUAUUUGUAACUACAGUGACGCUAAAUUGGUACUGACAUUUAUGAAAUGACAGACUUCACAUUGACUUUGUUUCAUUGGAAUUAUAAACAUUGGGGUAAUUAUCAUGCAUGAAAAUUUUUGUUGCUUUUCUUUAUUUGUAAGAGUAUGCAUCACUGAGAUUAAUAAACAGAUAAGUGGUUAAAGAGGAUAAACAUUUGUAAUUUAAUUAGUUUCUCUGCAUUUUGAGUUGUUGGUGCCUUGAAUACUCUUUGUACAUGACAUGAGACUUAAGUGUUUGCAGCAAGAGCAGAAGAUUGUACCAUAACUGAAAUCAUAGCUUUAGUAGCUUACAGCACCAUCAGUGACAGUGUUCUGUUGGGACUGAUGUGAAUUGUGUAUUAUUCAUCUUAUGGCGUACAUUUGCAGUCCAUUUGGUCUGCAUAUAGGAGACAUGUAUGAAUUCAUCCACUGAGUAGUAGUACCUCAGUGUCAGUACCUCAUAUGGCUUUCUUUUAAGUGAACAUAAAUUCCUCUGCAUUAACUUGUUCCCUUUUAAUUUAUUAAAAAUUUCCAUUCCCUUGUAUUGAGAUCCUUGGGCAUACAGUCUGAGGUGGUGGGUGGGGAGCAUAAAAUUUUCUUUGUUUCUAGUAUCAUGUGAAUGGACAAAAUGGUUUCCCUCAAAUAAUUCAUAUCUGAUGUACAAAAAUGUAAUAAUCUCAUAUACGUAUAAGGAUGGCAGAGUUAAUAUUUUAAGUUUUCUAAAUAAUGGUCAACAUGAUUCGUUGUGAUUUGCAGUACACAUAUUUUGAAUGAUUCUGUAUUUUUGGUAUUUUUACUAUGUUUGCUGAGUUACCACAAAAAACAAUACCAUACCUAAUAAUGAAUUCGAAGUAGCUUGUAUAUGCUACUUUUUGUAUGUCCAUGUCAGUUGUAGUUGCCAAUAUUUGCAUUGCAGAUGCAAAGCUGCUCGGUUUGUUUGCUAGGCAUUCAAUGUGUGCCUGCUAGCUCAAUCUUUUAUCUACAUUUAAACCUAAGAAUUUGAGUCAACUUCUCCUAUACCUUAGUUGUUGUGUACAAUCUUAAUCUGCUCACAUUUUGAUUGUUUGGUAUAUGAAUGAUUUAUAAAAUUCUAAAACCCUGAAGUAGAAAGGAAAGUUAAAUCUCUGCAGUAGAAAUUGUAGCUGAAAAAGCUCUUCUCUUAAACAUAGUCUGUCAUAGAUGCCCGAGCAAAAAACUGUGCCCAGUAGUUGGAAGGAAACAUAGGUCACAUGUACAAGAAUGAUCUUCAAAUCAGCUGUCAGUUUAAAUGAAAUCUUUACGUUGUAGAAUCCUAGAACAUUUUCUGAGCUUAAAUGCAGUGUGAUAUGUCAAACAGAAUGACACCUCCAUACCAACCAGGUGAGACUCCAUAUACAUCAGUCAAAACCUAACUCGCACUUUUCACACACGGCAUUCUGAAAGCCAAAAUGGUAUACUGUUUCUUUUUACUACCAAAAGAGAUUUAUCAUCAACUGACAUGUUUUGGGAAAAUCCCAUCAUCAGUCUGGCAGUUUGAAAUAUCCCACAUAUUUUAUAAAUGUGAAUGUUUGUCUAUGAGUAUGUUUGUUAUUCCUUCAUACUGAAACAGCUCAAUGUAUCUGGAAGAAAUUUGGGAUUGAGUUACCGUAUGUCCUGAAUUAACACAAAGGUUUCUGUUAAAACUGAGUAGCACAAGAUGUUUAUUCAUUUGAAGAAUAUAACUUGAAAUAUGGAAGGAUAAUUAUGUUUGGAAAACCCUAUUUACUCUUUGCUUUUGAACUGUAUCAUAUUUGUGAAAAUGCUUUCGUUGUUUAAUAUAUCCUCUAUAACACAGUUUAA